UUCGCGCGAGUGGUAAUUGUAGCGAUCUCGUUUGUCUUGCGCCAGUAGUUGGAGAAUUAAAUAAGAAAACGUAAAAUUUUUAGAUGUGGCGACUGUAACCCUUCUAAAUGUAUAUUCCAUUAUUGCGGGGGUGGUGUAGGUGUCGCGUGCGGAAGGGUGCGCACGCAUUUCUACGCUACACCCGUUCAUUGAUCAGUGGCCCACGGCAAGGAUAGUGCGAGUGCGGCUGACAUCUUCGGUGCUGUGCGUGAAAUGACAUGAGAUGUCCCGAGACGCGUACGUGGGGGGCAGCCGGUCCCCGGGACGGGGCGUAAGAUUGCCCACCGUGGACCGGUCCCCCAGCCGCAUCGCGUACCCCGGUGGCAGCCCUGUAGGUCGCAAACCACUGCGACAAACGCGCUCCGGAAACAAUUCACCCACAGAUCACGGGGUUUCCGGAUAUCAUCAUUCGCCGUAUUACAGAGGCGACGACGAACUUCCUAGUCCGAUGCUGGAAGAACGGGGUAGACCGCUGGCAGUGGGGCCUAGUCACCAUCGGUCACGUAGUGCUACCAGGCCAACUAAUCCCAUGUCCGUACGUUACCAAUCACUUGAUCGUGGCCCUCCCGUUGUCGAUCAUGAACGCGAAUUUCUACCCAUACGUGACCGUAGAGACCGAUCGCUCGAACGCGGCCUCUACUUCGACGAAGAGCUGCCACCCUACGGAUGGUCCACCAGGUCGGCCAGACAAUCGCCAACGUCUCACCAACCCUUCAUUGGCGAACUGCAGAGCCAGAAUUCAGAUUUACAGCGGGAGCUCGGUAACCUAAAGAAGGAGCUUGAUUUGACCAACCAAAAGUUGGGGUCCUCCAUGCAUUCAAUUAAGACCUUUUGGAGUCCCGAGCUGAAGAAAGAGCGCGCGUUGCGCAAAGAAGAAUCCGCCAAGUACAGUCUCAUCAAUGAUCAACUGAAACUGCUCAGCAGCGAAAAUCAGAAACAAGCUAUGCUGGUACGACAGCUGGAAGAGGAAUUAAGAAUGAGAAUGCGUGGUCCUAGCAUCGAGAUACAGCAGCAAAUGGAGGCCCUUUAUCAAGAGAACGAGCAUUUGACUAGAGAGAUCGCCAUCCUGAGAGACACAAUUAAGGAAUUGGAGUUGCGCAUAGAGACCCAGAAGCAAACCUUGCAAGCGCGGGAUGAGAGUAUUAAAAAGCUGCUGGAAAUGUUACAGAACAAGGGAAUGGGUAAAGAGGAGGAGCGCCAAAUGUUCCAGCAGAUGCAGGCGAUGGCUCAGAAACAGCUGGACGAGUUCCGCAUGGAGAUCCAACGUCGCGACCAGGAGAUCCUUGCCAUGAGUGCCAAAAUGAAGACCUUAGAGGAACAACACCAGGACUACCAGAGACACAUAGCAGUUCUGAAGGAAUCGCUCUGCGCCAAAGAGGAACAUUACAACAUGCUUCAAGGCGACGUCGAGGAGUUACGGCAAAGGUUGGAGGAGAAAAAUCGGUUAAUCGAAAAGAAGACGCAGCAGGCCCAGCAAGAACGAAGUCGUGGUACGGCUGAGUUGACCGAAAUGCGUGAGCAUAUGGAUAUCAAGGAUAGAAAAAUUAACGUUUUACAACGAAAGAUUGAAAAUUUGGAAGAUCUUCUAAAGGAAAAGGAUAAUCAGGUAGAUAUGGCUCGCGCACGUUUGCAAGCUAUGCAAGCACACCACUGCUCCUCUGAGGGUGCGCUUUCUUCUUUAGAAGAGGCGAUCGGCGAUAAAGAAAAGCAAAUGAGUCAGUUAAGAGACCAACGCGAUCGCGCUGAGCAUGAAAAGCACGAAGAGCGGGAAUUGCAUGAACGAGAAUUAGCAGAGUAUAAAAUGAAGAUACAUGCGCUUGAAAGUGAGGUAGAGAAACUAAGCGUUAGACUAGAUAGAGCAAAUUCAGAUAGAGAUAGAUUAGAAACCAAGUUAGAGAGUUCCCAAUCAGAACUUGGAAAAUCAAAAGCCGAGUUAGAUAAAGCCGCCAUCGAAGUAGGUCGUAGCGGCGCCGAUUGGGAACAAGCUAAGCAGAGGUUAGCCAGACUAGAAUUAGAAAACGAAAGGCUGAGGUAUGAUUUAGAACGUUCGCAAACCAGCUUUGGAAGAACGGCCAUCACGUCUUCCCAAGAAAUGGACAGAUUUCAAGAUAGAGCUGACAAGUCUGCUUCGGAAUUGAGAAGAUGCCAAGCAGAACUAAGAGUCACACAAGCUGACUGCGAACGCGCUAGAAAUGAAUCUACAGCUUUACAAGAAAAAUUGGAAAAAUCGCAGGGGGAAGUAUAUCGUCUCAAGGCUCGUUUGGAAAAUUCGCAUCAAGAACAAGACAAUCUCAGAGAGGAAUUGGAGCGAUCGCAAGGGGCAACAUCCAGACUUCACGCAGACAAAGAGAGAGCUAUGGCCGACUUAGAGAAGUCGCGGGAAGAGCUGGAACGAUCGCAAGCGACCUUAGGAAAAGCACAGUUACAAUUGGACAAAGUACAAAACGCUCUAGACAAAGCUCAAACGGACAUCGACAAACUUCAGGAGAAAUUGGACAAAUCUUCGGGAGAGAUGCGCAGGAUGCAACUGGAAAGAGAAAAACUAGGGUACGAUUUCGAGAAUGUCCAAUCGCAAUUGGACAAGGCCUUGGGACAAGCUGCUCGGACCCAGAAAGAACGCGAUACAUUGCAAUUAGAAGCAGAUCGACUUCGAGAUAAAUACGAAAAAUCACAGUUGGUAGUGUCUCGACUACAAAAAGAGAAAGACUCCUUGGAAGAAGAGGCAAUAAAAUUAUCGGAGCGUUUAGAAUUACAAAUUUCCCAAAUUACUAAAGCUCAGCGUGAAAAGGCGGACGUACAGUCUGAAUUAGACGUGUUCAAGGAAAGAUGGGACAAAACAUAUGUACUUCAGCAAAAACUUCAAAUGGAACGGGACGACGCAACACGAGAAAUUGAAGUUGUCAAAGAAAAAUUGGAUAAGGCCAUGUACUCAGCGCAGAAAGCAAUGGACGAGAGGGACGUUAUAAAUAAAGAAUUGGAAAAAAUAAUUGAAAAAUACGACAGGUCACAAAAUGAAAUUUAUCGACUUCAGAGUAAGUUGGAUGUAGUCCAAGCGGAUAAAGAUAGAUUGGAGUUGGACAUCGAAAAGCAACAGAUUGUAGCGACAAAAGGUAGAGAGGAUCAACGUAAAUUACAGGACGAAUUGCAAAGACUUCAAGAAAUGUACGAUCGUACGGCGUUGCAGUUGGGACGGUCAAAGGAAUUGGAGGAAAAGUCUAAAGAGGAACUGGAACGUAUUAGUCUCGAAGUUGAAAUGAUCCGAGAGAGAUACGAUAAGUCACAAAUUGAAAUUAGACGUUUACAAACCGAUAAAGAUAAGUUCCAAUCGGAAAACGAACGUUUGCAGUAUGAGGUCGAACGCGCUCAUGCACAAUCUGCCAAAAUGCAGACUACUCACGAGAAGGAUCAAGAGGAAAUCGCGCGACUUCAGGUCGAAGCUGAAAAGGCAUUUGAUAAACACGAUAAAUUACAGUUGGAGUUCAGAAAGAUCGUUGCGGAGUACGAUGCGCUAAGAGAGCCAGGUCCUGGGCGCUACUCGAAAUACGAGAGAGACGACCGCUCAAAGGAAGACAAUGAGAGACUUCGAGCGGAAGUUGAGAGAUUAAGAGAGAGGUUAGAUAAAACGUUAACUGAAUUAGAUCGGUCUAGGAAAGAUUUGGCGCUCGCUGAAACGUCACGGGGUAAAUACCAGUUCGAUCAGGAGCGUGACCGCGAACGUUCCGUUGAAACUGAAAGACUAAGAGAUGAACUCCAAAAAGCGCACAACAAUAAUCAGCAAUUGGAAACGAAACUGCACGAGGUAAGCAUGCAACUAGAGCUUGCUAGAGCAGAUCUCGCGAAGUCCUCAAGUAAUCAGGAGAAACAGAGACACGAGAUGGAAAGGGCCGUAAUUGAAUGCGAGAAACUAAAAGAUCGCUUUGAAAAGCUCAAGAUUCAGGCCGAGAAACUUGAGAAGGAGAACGAAAAGUUGAAAUUGGAACUGGCGCAAGCGGAACGUAAGCAAACUUUGGCAGGCGAUAAGGUUCGAACCGAGGAACGUCUAGAAAUUGAGAGGCUGAAAGAAAAAUUAGAGAAAGCGAUACAGUCCAGGGACGCAACUGAAAUGGAAGCUGGACGGCUCGCGAAGGAAUUGGAAAAAUCGCAAAUGCAUUUGGCGAAAGCUUUAGAAACUAACGAAGCCACGAAGAUUGAAUUUGAAAGGAUGGCGACUGAGCUGGCGAGAAUGCACGAACGUAUAGAAAGGGAGAAAAUGGAAUGGAAAACGUUGGAGCAAGAGCGUGAUGUCUUGCGUGCGGAGCUGCAACAGAUUCGUAGCGGUAUUGACACGCAACGUAGAGCGGUGGAUCAUCGUGCGCAGGAAACUAUUGUGAAGUUACAACAAGAAUUAGCGCAAGCUUCUAGAGAACGCGAAAAAAUGUCGUCGCUCUUAGACAAACAGGGCCGCCAAGGGGAAUCCAUUGAAAAACAGAUUGUGAAGUACGAAGCGGACAUAAAGCAAUUGACUAUGGAAAGAGACCAGUUAGUGACGCAACUAGAAAAGUCCCAAGAUAUGUUAAUGAACUUCCAACAAGAACUUAAUCAAAGCGAGGCGGAAUUGGAACGUCAAAAAACGGAGGUGAAUCGCCUGAAGACCGAGCAAAAGAAGGUAACCCAAGAUGUGGAAAGAGGAACGAAAGAAAUGCUGGACAAUCGCGAUAGGGAAAUUAACAAGCUACAGCAGCAGAUGGCGGCCGUUCAAAAAGAAAGGGAUACUCACCGACAGCGCGCCGAGAAAGCAGAGAAGCGUCUGCAAGAAACGGGUGCUCGUGGUGACUCAGAGCUGGAACAGUGGCGUAAAGUUGUAGAAACCGAAACGGCCCGGGCAGAUCAGGCGGAAAAAACUGCGCAGGAUUACCAGAAACGAAUUCAAGCGAUGGAAAAGCAGAUGCAACAACAACUACAACAGAUGGCCCAAUACCAAAAAGCUGCGGGUAUACGACCACCGAGUGAAGAUGAUAAGGAACUGGUACGAUUAAGGAAAGAUUUAGAAAAAGCGCAUGGUGAUCUUAAAAACAGUGCGACCGAAAAAGAACGCUUACAGUCACAACUUGAAAUGCUAGUUCAAGAGUUGGAGAAGAAUCAGUUUGAUCUUCUUGAAGCAACGAAGAAACAACAAAAUGUACCUGCACAAAACGCUACGGAAGACUUUAGUGUACAGAAGAAACAAAUAGAAGAGCAGAGAAAGCACAUAGAAGAACAAAGGAAGCACAUAGAGGAACAAAGUAGAAGAGUUGACGAACAACGAAAAACUGUAGAAAAUAAACAUAAACACGUAGAUGAAAAAGAAAAACAAUUAGCGGAGUUAGAUAAACAAUUGAAAAAACGAAAAGAACAAAUGGACCAAUUAGAGGCUUCAUUGCAAAAGGCUGGAGGUAAUGUCGCUGUGGCAGGAGAACUCAAUAAGAAGCUAGUGGAAGCGGAGAAAAAAUUAGAAAAGGCCCAAGAGGAAUCGCAGCGGUCAGCAACCGAAAUGGAGAGGUUACUUCAAUUAGUUCAGAUGAGUCAAGAGGAACAAAACACCAAAGAACGGCAAAUUGUCGAACUUCAACAGGCUUUAAGAAACGCUCAGGCAAAAUUGAAAUCUCAACAGGCCGCAGCACAGAAAGAAGAGAACGCGACUGCAAAUUCCGAAUGUGACGAGUUGUUACAAAAAGGUGACAUUGAAUGUACGGGUAAUACGGAAAGAGAAGACUACAUCAGGGACCUGGAGAAAACUGUUACGUCAUACGAAAAUCUACUCAGAGAUAAUCGAUAUGAAAUUCAAGAACUUGAAACGGCGUUGGAAUUGAAAAACAAGAAACUUUUGGAUAUGGAAAAUAUUCACAAUCUACAGCUGGUAGAAGCGAAAUUUGAAGAAAGAAGAGGAGAACUAAUACAAUUGGAAAAUCGCCUCGUUUCGGAUAAUGAAAGUAUAGUCUGCGCCGAGGAAAUCAAUAACUUACGGAAGUGUCUUUCAACGAAAGAGAGUAGGGUGAAUGAAUUAGAACAUGCAUUGAGGGAGAGCAUUAAAAUUGCAACCGAACGCGAACGUGUUUUACAUCAAGAGGAAGUAAAACGAAAGCAGAUCAUUGAGAAGCGUUUAAAGGUUUCAAAAUUGGAACAAAGGCUGUUGUCUUUGCAAAGUGCACAAGCGAUGCGAUGUCAUACUUGUAAACCGUUCAUUGCGAGAAUGAAUUCCUUAGAAUUGCGACUUUCUCAACUUGUAACUGAAAGGAAAGAUCAUCUCCAAGAAUUGGCCCAUAUGAAGAGGGAGGCACUCGAGGCUGCUAUUAGUGAAAAAGACGCACACUUAGCACUUUUAGAAAUGUCCGGUAUACGCAGCGUACGUCAGGCCGAUGAGGCCGAUCGCCUACGAAAUGACAAGAGACGUUUGGUAGAAAGGUUAAAACAGGAGGACGAACUCAGCGUCUCUUUACAGGAGGACAGUGUCGAUGAUCUUUCGUUUGAGACCGUUGAAACCUUCAAUGGCCAACAAGUAACUUAAAAUAAAAUGUGAUCCGUGUCCUGGUGUUAUACUCAAUUUGAUCUCAGCAAUAAUUGUUGCGGCUGAACCGUCUUCAGCUGAAUAAUAAACAUUUUAAUGAAAACGCACUGCCCAGAUAAACUAUUAUUAAAAAAAAUGAUAUAUGCAUGUUUGACUUUUAGCAAAUUAUCCAUGUUAUUUAUAAUAUGACAAUAAUCAAUGAUAUGGGGCAUCGUUGUUUUUCACUUCGUUAUAAGGUUGUGAAAAAAUAUAGUUCGUUUAUAUUUCGAAGGGAGGAGAAAAUAUCUGCGAACAAUAAUUGUAUUCUUUAACCAGUGUGUUAGUUAUUUCUCAUUGUGUAUAUGAGUUCAUCAAAUAUGGCCAUUUGCGAAGCUCCUCACUGCGAUCAUCAUCGUCUUCUAAAAAUAAGCUUGUGUAUAAUAUGUAUAAUUAGCAUAACCACUUACGGUCUGUACAGCAACGUAAUUAUGGUGUGUACUUGUGAAAUAGCCUGUUAUUCAUUUUUGUAUAAAAGCAUGUAGUUACGAGGAACAGUCAAAAAUUACUUAAUUAAAUGUGCAAGACACUUUGUCAAUUCAAGUCAGAUUACUACAAUGACACGAAUCGUUUUGACUGCACCUCGUAUGAAGUACAAAAGAUAUUUUAAUAAGUAUCGCAAUUACAAUAUAUACCUGGAUGUGUAUCAUCUAAAAGCGUUCACGAUAACUUCAAAUGCCUUGUAUAUGAAUUGUACAUUCGUUAUCAUAUCAUAGGCCGAGCAACACUGCCAUCUCGUGCCAUUACCGUGUCUGGAAAAAUCGUGUAUUAUAAAUUUUUAACAAAAUGCACGUCCAGCCAGCGCCUGUGCCGCCGGUGUCUGUCGUACUUCAUUAACUAAUUGUGUAGCCUAAGAGACCAAGUGCAUCAUUGCACAUUCUUCAUGCGCUCCUAGUUCUAUUCUUUAUAUCUAAAUCUUCCUUUUUAUCGCUUUAGCAUAACUGGUUGGACGUAGAAAGGGCGUUGGUGUAAACAAGAAAAGGUUUUUUGAAGUUCCUAAGACAUGAGCAAAUCUUUCCAAAUUACGAGCGUUUGGUUUACAGAAGAUGAAAUUUUCUUUUCCAAGUUAAAUACCUAAAUACCAGCGCCCCAACCUUGUUACGCGGAUUUCACUAUAUUUAAAAGAAAUUAUUGAUCAGUGUUAAAAUAUAGUAUGGCAAAUAAUAAGCACAAUAAUUUAAUGAAAUUAUAAGAAUUAUUAGUAAUACAGUAGGUAUCACGAUUGUAAUGUAAGAUUAUUUUGUAGUUUUUGUUAAUAUUUAUUUUCACCCACAAUUUCAACUUUCUUUAUCACCAAUAAAAUCUUCGGCUGCUAAUUGUCGCAGAAUUGUUCAUUGGAUCAUUGGCCAUCGCACAAAUUUUAAAAGGUGAAAAUAUAUUUUAACGGCCCUUAAUUUAAAGUCGGCGAGUAUUUACAUUCCAUUUUUGUAAUACUUUUCUAAGCUUUUUUAUUUCACAUAUCAUGUAUCACACCUAACCCGAUGACGUUUAUUAGUGUAAAUGAAUUAAAUCGCAUAACUCGCUGAUUGUUUUCCGUAAAUUCCCAAUCCCAUCCCUGCCUUCCCCUUUAUAUCAUCAUACAUAUCUCAUCCUUAAAUUAUACGAAAUUGCUUUUUAUAAUAAAAUUUAGUUUGGUAUAGGAUGAAAUUGUUAGGCAGUAAGUUGAGUAAUAAAUGUUGAUUGUUGACUAAAUUGCGGGCGCCCGCAGUUCUUAACAAGCGAGGAAAUUAAAGUAACCGUUUGUUUCCAAUAUUGCAACCCCUUAUGACAAAAUUAAAACACAAUCUGCUGACUAUGAACGGAAGGGAAUGGGGGUUACUUAAAUUUCUGAAAUUGGUAGAGAAGUAGUUUAAAUAAUAACUAGUUCAUGUUACUUUUACAACCGUUUUAUUUUAAUGUCAUGCUGUUGUAAAAAAUACUGUUAUGAACGAUGUAAGAGAGUGUGGAAAGAAAGUGAUACAAAAACAGUAA